AAACGCUCCUUUUAAGCUCAUGCAACGCUCCGGCCUCCGGCUAAAAUCUCACCGCCACUCUCAUCCAAAUUCCCAAUUAUUAGAGCUUACAGUCAAUCUUGAAUCAAGAUUUCAACUUUCAAGAAUUCUCUGCAAAACCCACAACAAUGCGUUCGUCUCCCUCCCACCUGACUUGGGUUCUCCUCUUUUUCUUUUCUAUCACCACCUUACCGGCGAUGCUCGCCGCCGAUGCCGCCGACCCAUUCUCGCCUUCCACCAGCAACAUCACCCUAAUGGGAGACGCGUAUUUCUCCAACGGCGCCAUCGCGCUCACCCAUGGCCUCAAUUGCACCACGCCGCCGGACGCCGCACUCUCCGGCGUAGGCAGAGCGUUCUACGCGACCCCGUUCCGGUUUCUUGAUUCCGUUACGAAUUCCGCAGUUUCUUUCUACUGCAGUUUCUCCUUCACCAUCACGCCGUACUGCUCCUUCGGCGACGGCCUUGCCUUGCUGAUCACCGCCAAUACCGCCGCCUUCAGCAGCUUCGACGGCUUCAUGGGCCUCCCGAGCUCCGACAACACUUUCUUGGCCGUGGAAUUCGACACCAGCUUCGACCCGUUUCUUGAGGAUCUGAACGACAACCACGUCGGGAUUGAUCUCAACGGCGUCAAAUCUAUGGCCUCCGUCGACGUCGUCCCCCGAGGGGUGGAUUUGAAGAGCGGCAGAGAAAUGACGGCGUGGAUUCAAUACAUUGAUCAAGAAAGGGCGAUGAAGGUAUGGGUCGGGUACAACUCCGAAAUCAGGCCGCCCGACCCGAUUCUCGAAUCCCAGAUCGACCUCUCUCACGAAUUCAAAGAAUACAUGCACGUCGGAUUCGCCGCCGCAAACGGGAAAGGCUCAUCCGCAGUUCAUUCAAUCCAGCACUGGAAGUUCAAGACUUUCGAGUUUCUUGCUUCCUCCACGUCGGAGCCUAUGAACACAAUCGACGAAUCCGAUUGCUUGAUGUGCAUUCCGCGUUCUUCUGGUCCACAUACCAAGAAAUCCUUCAACCCCUUCAUCGCUUACGGAAUCCCAUCCACAGCAGCAGCCCUGAUUUUGCUCUCUGCAAUCGCCGCAUCAGUGUGGGUUUUCUUGAAAAGGAACAAGAAUGGCGCCGGCCGGGAAGAAACCCAAGUCAAAAUGUGCAGAUAUCAGGGAAACAGAGUGCCGCAGAGAUUAUCACUGGAGGAGAUAAAAUCAGCCACAGAAGGGUUCAAUCAAGAGAGAAUAGUCGGAGAAGGAGCUUCCGCCGUGGUCUACGAAGGUUCAAUUCCGGCCAGAGGACCCGUCGCGGUAAAAAGAUUCACCCAGGGUAGCAAAAUUUACCCUUCUCACAUCCCCUUCUACACCGAGUUCGCAUCAAUGGUGGGAUGUUUGAGGCACAAGAAUCUGAUUCAGUUGCAGGGGUGGUGCUGCGAGAGGAACGAAUUGGUUCUAGUUUACGAAUUCAUGACCAAUGGAAGUCUGGACAAGCUUCUGUACACCAACGCCGCUCCCGGAUUUCUGACGUGGCAGAGGAGGCUGAACGUCAUCCACGGCGUCGCCUCCGCUCUGGUCUAUCUUCACGAGGAGUGCGAGAACAAGAUAAUCCACCGGGACGUAAAGUCGUGUAAUAUAAUGCUGGAUUCGGAUUUCAAUCCGAAGCUCGGGGAUUUCGGGCUGGCGGAGGUGUUCGACAAGUGCCGGGCGAGGGAUGUCACUGUUCCGGCGGGUACGAUGGGGUACAUUGCGCCGGAGUAUGCAUUUUCCGGCGUCCCGACGGUGAAGACGGACGUUUACAGUUUUGGGGUAGUGGUGCUGGAAGUAGCCUCCGGGAGGCGGCCGGUGGACGAGAACGGGGUGGUGAUCACGGAUUGGGUGUGGGAUUUGUGGGAGAAGGGGCGGAUCGGGGAGGCGGCGGACCCGAGAAUGUCGGGUCGGUACGACAGGGAAGAGGUGGAGAGGGUGGUUAUGGUGGGACUGUCGUGCGUCCACCCGGACCACGAGCGGCGGCCGACGAUGAGGGAGGCGGCGAGGAUGCUGAAGGGUGAAGAUCCUGUUCCCAUCCUGCCCUCCAGGAAACCGACGAUCAGGAUUCAAUCUACUCUGCCGGAAGGAUGCGCCGAUAUAAUGAACCCGCCGCAGCCGGCGAUUGAUGAAGACGGCGAACCGUGGUCAACUCCGAGGACUCAUUUCAGCUGCAAGAACGGGACCCAUGGGUAGAGACUCAUUUCUGUUUCUUCAAUUCCAAGUGUAUUCUUUUGAUCAAUCCAAUCGUUAUAAAUCAUUUGCUCACCAUGUAAAGAUUUUGUUGGCUUGCUAUUUUGUGAGGUUUAUAAUCUGAUUUGCAUAGAAUACUACCAGUAUUAUGUGCAAAUUUUGUUUUUUCUAUACUUCAUAAAAAGGAAGGUAAAGA